AUCAACUCUGCCAAGGUCAUCCGCCACCCCCGCUUCAACAGCAUGACCGGGGAAAAUGACAUCAUGCUGAUCAAGCUGUCCUCACCUGCGGUCAUCAAUUCCUGGGUGUCCACCAUUGCCCUGCCCACCUCUUGUGCGCCUGCUGGCACCCAGUGUCUCAUCUCCGGCUGGGGCAACACCCUGAGCUCUGGCAUCAACUACCCUGAGCUGCUGCAGUGCCUGGAUGCCCCAUUGCUGGCCCAGGAGCAGUGUGAAGCCGCAUACCCCGGACAGAUCACCGACAACAUGGUGUGCGCCGGCUUCCUCGAGGGUGGCAAGGAUUCCUGCCAGGGUGAUUCUGGUGGCCCUGUGGUCUGCAACGGAGAGCUUCAGGGAGUUGUCUCCUGGGGCUAUGGCUGUGCCCAGAAGAACAAGCCUGGUGUCUACACCAGGGUCUGCAACUUCGUGGACUGGAUUCAGGAGACCAUGGCUGCCAACAACUAAAGAUCCCACCUGUCCCCCUGCCAUCACUAUGCUAAUAAAGUGACACUGAUCUGAAA